AUGGACGUUGACGUGGACGUUGACGUGGACGUGGACGUGGACAUGGACGUUGACGUGGACGUGGACGUGGACGUGGACGUGGACGUGGACAUGGACGUAGACGUGGACGUGGACGUGGACGUGGACGUGGAAUUAGACGUGGACGUGGACGUGGACGUGGAGAUGGAAUUGGACGUGGACGUGGACGUGGACGAAGACUUGGACGUGGACGUGGACGUGGACAUGGACGUGGACGUGGACGUGGACGUGGACAUGGACGUGGACGUGGACGUGGACGUGGACAUGGAGGAACGUGGACCUGACCUGGUCGUGGACGCGGACAUGGAUGUGGACGUGGACAUGGACGUGGACGUGGACGUGGACGUGGUUGUAGACGCGGACGUGGACGUGGACGUGGACAUGGACGUAGACAUGGUCGUGGACGUGGACAUGGACAUGGACGUGGACGUGGACGUGGACGUAGACGUGGACGUCUACGUGGACGUCGACGUGGACAAGGACGUGGAUGUGUACGUGGACGUGGACGUGGACGUGGACGUGGACGUGGAGGACUUGGACGUGGACGUGGACGUGGACGACUUGGACGUGGAGGACUUGGACGUGGACGUGGACGUAGACGUGGACGUGGACGUGGUCGUGGACGUGGACGUGGACGUGGACAUGAAGGUGGACGUGGACGUGGACAUGGACGUGGACGUGGACGUGGACGUGGACAUAGACGUGGACAUGGACGUGGACGUGGACAUGGUCCUGGACGUGGACAUGGACGUGGACGUGGAGAUGGACGUGGUUGUGGACGUGGACGUGGACGUGGACGUGGACAUGGACAUGGACGUGGACGUGACGUGGACGAACAUGGACGAGGACGUGGACGUGGACAUGGACGUGGGCGUAGACGUGGACGUGGACGUGGACAUGGACGUGGACGUGGACGUGGACGUGGACGUGGACGUUGACGUGGACGUAGACCUGGUCGUGGACGCGGACAUGGAUGUGGACGUGGACAUGGACGUGGACGUGGACGUGGACGUGGUUGUAGACGCGGACGUGGACGUGGACGUGGACAUGGACGUAGACAUGGUCGUGGACGUGGACAUGGACAUGGACGUGGACGUGGACGUAGACGUGGACGUGUACGUGGACGUCGACGUGGACAAGGACGUGGAUGUGUACGUGGACGUGGACGUGGACGUGGACGUGGACGUGGACGUGGAGGACUUGGACGUGGACGUGGACGUGGACGACUUGGACGUGGAGGACUUGGACGUGGACGUGGACGUAGACGUGGACGUGGACGUGGUCGUGGACGUGGACGUGGACGUGGACAUGAAGGUGGACGUGGACGUGGACAUGGACGUGGACGUGGACGUGGACGUGGACAUAGACGUGGACGUGGACGUGGACGUGGACAUGGUCCUGGACGUGGACAUGGACGUGGACGUGGAGAUGGACGUGGUUGUGGACGUGGACGUGGACGUGGACGUGGACAUGGACAUGGACGUGGACGUGACGUGGACGAACAUGGACGAGGACGUGGACGUGGACAUGGACGUGGGCGUAGACGUGGACGUGGACGUGGACAUGGACGUGGACAUGGACGUGGACGUGGACGUGGACGUGGACAUGGACGUGGACGUGGACGUGGACGUGGACGUGGACGUGGACAUGGACGUGGACGUGGACGUGGACGUGGACGUGGACGUGGACGUGGACAUGGUCGUGGACGUGGACGUGGACGAGGACGUGGACAUGGACGUGGACGUGGACGUGGAUAUGGACGUGGACGUGGACAUGGACGUGGAUGUGGACAUGGUCGUGGACGUGGACAUGGACGUGGACGUGGACAUGGACGUGGACGUGGACGUGGACAUGGACGUGGACGUGGACGUGGACAUGGACGUGGACAUGGACGUGGACGUAGACGUGGACGUGGACAUGGACGUGGACGUGGACAUGGACGUGGAUGUAGACGUGGACGUGGACAUGGACGUGGACGUGGACAUGGACGUGGACGUGGACGUGGACGUGGACGUGGACAUGGACGUGGACGUGGACGUGGACGUGGACAUGGACGUGGACGUGGACAUGGACGUGGACAUGGACGUAGACGUGGACGUGGAUGUUGACGUGGACAUGGACGUGGACAUGGACGUGGACAUGGACGUGGACAUGGACGUGGACAUGGACGUGGACAUGGACGUGGACGUGGACGUGGACGUGGACAUGGACGUGGACGUGGACAUGGACGUGGAUGUAGACGUGGACGUGGACAUAGACGUGGACGUGGACAUGGACGUGGACGUGGACGUGGACGUGGACGUGGACAUGGACGUGGACGUGGACGUGGACGUGGAUCUGGAGUGGACGUGGACAUGGAGUGGACGUGGACGUGGAGUGGACGUGGACGUGGACGUGGACGUGGACGUGGACGUGGACGUGGACGUGGAGGUGGACGUGGACGUGGACGUGGAGGUGGACGUGGAGGUGGACGUGGACGUGGAGAACUUGGACGUGGACGUGGACGUGGACGUGGACGUGGACGUGGACGUGGACGUGGACGUGGAGGACUUGGACGUGGACAUGGACUUGGACGUGGACGUGGACGUGGACAUGGACGUGGACGUAGACGUGGACGUGGACGUGGACGUGGACGUGGACGUGGACGUGGACGUGGACGUGGACGUGGACAUGGACGUGGACGUGGACAUGGACAUGGACGUGGACAUGGACAUGGACGUGGACGUGGACGUGGACAUGGACGUGGACAUGGACGUGGACGUGGACGUGGACGUGGACAUGGACGUGGACGUGGACAUGGACGUGGACGUGGACGUGGACGUGGACAUGGACGUGGACGUGGACGUGGACGUGGACGUGGACAUGGACGUGGACGUGGACGUCGACAUGGACGUGGACGUGGACGUGGACGUGGACGUGGACGUGGACGUGGACAUGGACGUAGACGUGGACGUGGACGUUGAUGUGGACAUGGACGUGGACGUGGACGUGGACGUGGACAUGGACGUGGACGUGGACGUGGACGUGGAGGAGUUGGACGUGGACAUGGACGUGGACGUGGACAUGGACGUGGACGUGGACGUAGAUAUGGACGACGUGGAUAUGGACGUGGACGUGGACGUGGACGUGGACGUUGACGUGGACAUGGACGUGGACGUGGACAUGGACGUGGACGUGGUCGUGGACGUGGACGUAGACGUGGACAUGGUCAUGGACGUGGACGUGGACGUGGACGUGGACAUGGACGUGGACGUGGACGUGGACAUGGAAGUGGACGUGGACAUGGACGUAGACGUGGACGUGGACGUGGACGACUUGGACGUGGACAUGGACGUGGACGUGGACGUGGACGUGGACAUGGACGUGGACGUAGACGUGGACGUGGACGUGGACGUGGACAUGGAUGUAGACGUGGACGUGAACGUGGACGUGGACAUAGACGUGGACGUGGACGUGGACAUGGACAUGGACACGUCCACGUCCAUGUCCACAUCCACGUCCAUGUCCACGUCCACGUCCACGUUCACGUCCAUGUCCAUGUCCAUGUCCACGUCCACGUCCACGUCCACGUCCAUGUCAUUUGCACUCUAA